CUUUGAACCAGAACUAUCAGGAUAUGCCGCGUCUUACUAUUCCCUGUUACAACCGCAGAAACCUGCAUUCCGCACCGUCUUCCCCUCCGAACAGCGCGUUGUUUAUUCGGCUGCAUGAUGGAUGAUAUAAGGCAAGGACUUGCGCAGAAUGAUUGGAGCCUUGUUGCCAUACUGAGCAGAGGGGCGUUGGCUUGAGACGUAGGGGCGGUUUCUUCAAUUUAAGCUCGGCCUGGCUCGGCCCGUCGUGGGGAGCUGUGACACGCCUCUCGGCGGUGCGCCGAGGUCUCGUGGCGGAUGGCUGUUGAGCAUGCACAUAAGUCAUGGAGGCGUGAAUGUCAGUGCGGGGACGAACAACCCCUGGCGGGGAAGGGGUGAGGACGUGCGCGGGUGCCGCGAGGAGCAAGGCGAAGAGGAAGCUUCCCCUGCCCGGAUUGUUGGUGGCGUCAACCUGCACCCGUUUGGCCACCCACCUUCCAACGGUGCCACCUGCGGCUCUAUCAAUAGCAUUCGAUAUAUACAUUAUUAGGUAUCGAUAAACCGAGUAGAACUCGCGACCCUCGCAAACAUCGCGUAAGAACCAGCAGACCUAUGGAAUCUUUCAUCGAGCUUAACGUCGUGUAGUAUAGUGUUACCCGAACUUUGGCAACAAGUUUGGCCUUAGGGCGUGCAAGCGGCGCGUUGGUGGAGUGGAGCAAAUGGCUCGACUUUCUUGCUUCGACCCGGUCUUGGACUUCCUCUUUCGAUUCAGGCCUGUACAGCAAUUUAUUGUGCUGUACAAGAAGAAUGCCUUGGUUGCGUGGCGCAACCGACGUGCCACGGCACUGCGCAUCAUCGCGCCCUUCCUCUUCCUGCUUCUGGCGCUGCUAAUUGACCGCGCCCUGCAAGCGAAUGACAGCAACAACACCGACUUUCAGAACGUGCCGAACCCCACGGCAUCACCCAUUGGCGGGAUUCCGAAAUGCACGGAGGACAUCUUCAUCGGCAACCGGGCGUGCAUAGAGGUGCUGUAUCAGCCCUCGCCCAACCCCAUGAUCGACGCCAUCAUGUCCAACGUUAAGAAAAACAACCCGGUGGCCAUCACGGUCCAGGGCUUCCCCAACCGCACCGCCAUCCAGACCUACCUGUACGACAACCCCGACACCGUCAUCAGCGCCGUACACUUUGAGUUCACAGGCAGUACACUGGAGGGUUUCAUCUUGCAGACCAACACCACGACCAAGUACUUCAAGGGCACCUUCCAGAACCCCAACACGUUCGUGCAGCUGCCGCUGCAGUCGGCGGUGCACCGCGAGAUCGCGCGCUACCAGAUUGCCAACAGCGGGGUCUCCAACGCCACCGGCCUGGCCGCGGCGCUCAACCUGGAGACGUCGCUCAAGGAGUUUGCGCAUCCCACCAUCGCGACGGUGUCGGUGCUGGGUCAGGUGCUGGGCCCCUUCGUGUUCGCGGCCUGCAUGUUCAGCUUCGUCAUCCAGAUCAGCACCGUGGUGGCGGAGAAGGAGCUGGGGCUCAAGCAGGCCCUCCGCACCAUGGGCAUGUCCGACACCGCCUACUGGAGCAGCUGGGGGCUGUGGGAAGUGACGCUGGCCUUCGUGGUGGCCAACUCCAUCUGCAUCUACGGACUCAUCCUGCAGUUCGACCUAUUCCUGCACAACAACUACGGCCUGCUGUUCUUCCUGUUCUUCCUGUUCCAGCUGGCCAUGUCCUCGCUGGCUCUGCUGCUGGCCGCCUUCAUCCGCCGCACCCAGGUGGCCGUGUACCUGGGCUUCACCAUCUUCAUCGUGGGCUGGAUCAUGCAGACGGUGGUGCUGUUCGGCGUGCCCUACACGCCCGACUACUACAAGACCGCCGGCAGCGCCGUCACCAUCAUCUUCUCGCUGCUGCCCUGGGACCUGCUGGCCAAGGGGUUCCAGGACCUGGGCGCAGCCACCGUGGGCACCAACCCGGGCCUGGAUUGGACGGACCGCUCGCGCUACUGCCAGAACAUCGCCAACCCCGACGACCAGCCGCCGUACAACCCGCGGCAGGAGUACCGCAGCUACGAGUGCGUGAUGAGCCUCAACACCAUCUACGGCAUCUUCAUCGCGCUGUGGCUCGGCUACUUCGUUCUGGCCGUCUACUUUGACAACAUCGUGCCCAACGAGUUCGGCGUCAGCAAGCCCUUCUACUACUUCCUGGACCCCGGCUACUGGUUCGCGUCCUGGGGCCGCAAGCACAACAGCCUCAAGGCUGUGGAGAGGAGCCUGCAGCAGCAGGCCGGCGGCGGCCGCGGCUUCGGCUCGGCCCGCCUGCCGCCGCCCAUCCCACCCGGGCAGCUGGAUGAGGACGUCAAGGCGGAGGAGGACAAGAUCCAGGCGCUGCUGCAGCACCGCACGGGCGCGGGCUCGGGCGCCAUGGCCCUCCAGUCGGUGGGCACCGGCGGCGCGCGGCCCAACGCUGUGGAGGUGUACGGCCUGACCAAGCUGUACAAGGGCAGCAGCGGCUGCUGCGGCUCCACUCUCAAGUGCUGCUCCUGCUGCGACUGCUGCAGCUGCGAGAAGACCGAUGACUUCUGGGCCAUCAAGGGCUCCUGGUUCUCAAUCGAACAGGGCCAGCUGUUCUGCCUGCUGGUCAAGCUGACGUACGCGGCGGGCCAGCGCGCGGGCUCCUACAGCGGCGGCAUGAAGCGGCGGCUGAGUGUGGCCAUUGCGCUGCUGGGCGACCCGCGCAUCGUGUACCUGGACGAGCCCACCACCGGCAUGGAAACAGUCGCGCUGGGGGCUGGGGGAGGGGACGAGCCCACCACCGGCAUGGACCCCAUCUCCCGCCGCUACGUGUGGGACAUCAUCCAAGAGGCCAAGCCCGGCCGCGCCAUCGUGCUCACCACCCACUCCAUGGAGGAGGCCGACAUCCUGGGCGACCGCAUCGCAAUCAUGGCGCGCGGCAAGCUGCGCUGCAUUGGCACCUCACUGCGCCUCAAGCAGCGCUUCGGAUCCGGUUACACGCUCGCCGUGUCCGUCACCGCCGCCGCCUCGGGUCAGUCGGCUUACCCAGUCAGCCAGUACGGCGCCGACGGCGAGCCCAGCACGCCCGCCGUGAUCGAGCGGCGCGUGGCGGGCGUGAAGCGCUUCUUCGCGGAGCGGCUGGGCCUGGCGGCACCGGUGGAGGAGAGCAAGGCCUACAUGGUGUACCGCGUGGACAGGGACCGCGAGCCGCAGCUCAACGGCUUCCUCAAGGAGCUGGAGGCCCAUCGCGACACGCUGGGCAUCACAGACGUGCAGCUGAGCCUGACCAGCCUGGAGGAGGUGUUCCUCAACAUCGCGCGCGCCGCCGAAGUGGAGGCCGCCGCCAGCAGCGGCAACACCGAGGUCACGCACGUGCUGGACGACGGCAGCCGCCUCAAGAUCCCCGUGGGCGCCGAGCUGGUGGGACACCCCACCACCGGCGCCGCCUACCGCGUGCGAUGGGGCACCGACGAGGCCGGCCGCCUGAUCAUCAUGGACUGCACGGAGCUGCCGCCAGGCUCCCCCGAGGCCGCAGGCCUGCAGGCUGCCGCCGCCGCCGGAGGGCAGGUGAUGGGCGUGCCGGCAGGCGGCGUGCCGCCGACGGGCCCGGGCGCGUACGUGCCGCCGAUGCCCGUGGCGCCACCGGUGGCGCCGUCGCCGGCGCUUGCGGCGGGUCACUUCCCCGGCCACCCGGCGGUGCCCAUGAGCGGCGAGCACGGCAUCGGCGGGGCGGUGGGAGGCAACGGCCUGUCGCCGGGCGGUGCGCCCAGCCCUGGUGGGACGCCGGCCAUGUACCCGGGCUACAACCCCAGCCCAGUGGACUCCCGCAACUGAGGUGUUGGCCUUGUGGCACUGAGAAGCAAGCAGCAACAGCCGCAGCAGCAGCAGCAGUAGUAGCGCGGCCUGGCCUAGGGAAGAAAUCCUGAGACUGGCGGUGCCGGUGCGAGAGGGCGGAGGGCUUACUUGAUGUGGAUGUCGACACUGAUGAGAGGAUGUGUGCGUCAUAGAGUUUUCCUGUGAACAACGGCAACUGGCGGUUUACCUAAGGCGACAUUGGGAUCCGUGGUUCAUGGGAGUUAGGAAGUGGCAUUGCACGUGUGAAUCAAAGGGAGGAUGCGCGAGCGCGAGGAUGCGCGUGCGACUUGCACUCCUUUAGUCAUCCAUUGCGUGUGCGUGAGGGUUCCGUUGGUGUCGUACAGUAUGUGCUGGCUGGAGGGGGCUGCCGCACCCUUGUGAGUUGUGACCCAUGAGGUGACCCCGUAGUACCUGCAGUGAUUCCUGGCGACAGCGCUCACAGGUGGAGCUAGCUAGAACUCAACAGGUUCUUGUGAGGUCCGGCGCUUGCGCUGCCGAGUGCGCUAGGUUUAGGGAACAUGGAGGGUGGGGCGACAGCGUUCACAAGAAGUCCACGGGGUGUAGUGACUAGUGAGGGUCCGGCGCUUGCGCCGCCGAGUGCGCUGUAACAGAGAGGAUCGUGGGUUGGCGAUUGGAGGGUGUUGAGCGGAGCUGGCUAGAACUCCACAGGUUCUUUCUUGAGGGUCCGCUGGGGAAUUAAGGAGCAUGGAGGGUAGGGCCCAGCCCUGCCUCGAGCAGGGGUCGCUCGUGAGUAGUGUCUUUUGACAGCUGGCCAAAGCUUUGAGCGGGUGAUGUCGUAUGUAGGUCGGUGCGUGAUGCCAUCAGCCGUUGUCCCGUGCACACCCAUGCCAUGCGGGCGUCAGCCCUUGUGCACAUGUCCCAGGCUGUGCGAUGUAACGGCAUCCACGC